AUCCCAUCAGACGUCUGCAAAAACUCUUCUAAAACCCCUCUCCAGCAAAGCAGACUUUCUCGCUCUCUCUCUGUCUCUCUAUCUCUGCAAAUGGCUAUACUUCAAGCUCAUAUACCUUGUGUAAAGAUAAAAACCUUCUCAUCAACCUUUGCACCAAAUUCUUCUUUUUUAUCAUCUUCUUCUUUUCCUCUCUCUUCCUUAAAAACCCAUCAAGAAAUCUCUCUGUUUUCUAGAACUAAUACUACUAAAAGCACACCCUUUUCACCCUCAACUACUCACCCAAGAAGACUCCUUUGCAGACCCCCAAAUGGAAAGUAUGUUAGAGAAGACUAUCUUGUGAAAAAGAAAUCAGCUCAGGAGAUACAGGAAUUGGUUAGGGGAGAAAGAAAUGUGCCUCUUAUUAUUGAUUUCUAUGCAACUUGGUGUGGACCUUGUAUUUUGAUGGCCCAAGAACUUGAAAUGCUUGCUGUGGAAUAUGAGAGCAAUGCAAUGAUUGUUAAAGUUGAUACUGAUGAUGAGUAUGAAUUUGCACGUGAUAUGCAGGUCCGAGGUUUGCCAACAGUGUUUUUCAUCAGCCCAGAUCCAAAUAAAGAUGCAAUCCGGACUGAAGGUCUGAUCCCAAUACAGAUGAUGCGCGACAUAAUUGAUAAGGAGAUGUGAAGGAAGAAGGAACAGAUUAUUCUGCCGAUGAAACAAGUGAGGGCUUGGUUUUUGAUAGAUAAGCUGUUUCUCGACCAAAUUGAGGCUUCUUGCUGAUCCUUGUAUUUUGUUGUAAUGUUUGUAUAAUUGUUGUAGACAGACUGCGCCUAAAAGAUCUCAUAGCCAACAUCUUAGCAAAUGAAUGGUUGAGAACUUGAGAUGUUCUGAUGUGAGCAUUUUAAUGCAAAGUGCCAGUUCUUCUUCUCA